AUGUGGAGUGUACGGGAAGAGAAAGUUCUCUGGGGCAAUGUCCUCAUGCAGACUGGCUUCUACAUAACUGUGGUCAUGGAGAAGAUGCCAGUGUUAUCUGUUCAGUUCUACCUGCUGCCAUCCCAACUCCUGCAUCACCUGCAGGUGUCGACCAUUCAGGGAAACUAUCAGGUAGGAGCUGCCCCAUCUACUGAAGAUUCAGCUGAUCCAUCACCAGUAGCCAUUAAUACAAAUAUUCCUUCAGUGCUUCCUGUUGCAGAUUCAAAUCCUCCACCACCAGGAAUUCUUGAUAAGUCAGUUUCAGGUUCAGGCAAGCCUCUAGGAAGACUAGUAAAUGGGACAGGAAGAUGUUCAGGGAGGGUGGAAGUUUACUACCAACGAACCUGGGGGACGAUAUGUGAUGACCACUGGGAGCUGAAAGAAGCAGGUGUGGUGUGCAGGCAGCUCGGCUGUGGGCAUGGAGCCCACUUUGUCCCAGGCUCAGGGAAAGUUCUUUUGAACAAUGUGCAGUGCAGUGGGCAGGAAAGCCACCUGGCUCAGUGCUCCCAUUAUGGCUGGUUUACCCACAACUGUGGUCACAAAGAAGAUGCCAGUGUCAUCUGUGAUAAGAAUCCAGCAACUAUUUUAUCAGCAUUACCUGCUGCCGUCUCAACACCUCAAUCACUUGUUUCCAGUGACCACUCCAUUGCCCAACUAGAGUCGUCUCCUCGCUUCCCGGUUAUCUUUCAAGGUUUACUGAAAAUCCUUCAUCCUCUCAAGGGACAGACAGCACCUGGAAGAGGCUCAGGGAAAAUUCUCCUGGACAAUGUGCAGUGCAAUGGAUGGGAAAGUCACCUGGCUCAGUGCUCCCAUGAUGACUGGUUCACCCACAACUGUGGUCACAAAGAAGAUGCCAGUGUCAUCUGUGCAGCAAUACCACCAUUAUCACCUAUAAAAAUUCCUAAUCCAUCAGAUCAUGAAAACCCAGCUCCUUCUAAACCUCAAGGAGAAUGGGCACCACUGCGGCUAGUAGGAGGUAGUGGAAGAUGUUCGGGAAGAGUUGAAGUUUAUUACCAAGGAGAAUGGGGGACUGUGUGUGAUGAUCUCUGGGAUAUGAAACAAGCAAAUAUUGUGUGCAGGCAACUAGGAUGUGGCUGGGCCAUUUCAGCCCCAAGCGAGGCCCAUUUUGGGCCAGGAUCUGGGAAAGUUCUUCUGGACAAUGUACACUGUAAGGGAGAUGAAAAUUAUCUCGAGCAGUGUUCCCAUAUAGGCUGGCUUUCCCACAACUGUGGCCAUGAAGAAGAUGCCAGUGUCAUCUGUUCAGAUGCUGAAAAUUCAUCAGUUGUCCUAGCAGAUCGUGCACCCGCUGUUCCUGCAAUGAUAAACGGAAAAUCUUCCUGCGGUGGCAUCAUCUCAAAUACAUCUGGGGCAAUUAGAAACCCUCCCCAAAAUGAAAUGCAUGACAACAUAACAUGCAUUUGGGAAAUAAAGGCCAAUUCAUCUGAUCGCAUAAUGCUGGCAUUUCCUUAUCUUAACCUAGACUGCAAUAAUGAAUAUUUUGAAAUCCUGGAUGGAGAUCGAUUUUCUUCUGAUUCCCUGGGGAAGAUUUGUAAUGGGAUCUACCUCAAAUUCUCUUCUUCUUCUAACUCAAUGACACUUGUGUACCACCGCAGUUACAACAACAUAGGAAAGAACUUUGUUGCUUAUUACUAUUCUGCAGCCAAAGAAACUGUUUCCAAGACACCAUAUGUAAUAACCAUUCCAACAACACCCAGCAUAAUUACAGCAAGACCAGGAGACUGGCCAGAACUGAAGCUGGCUGGUGGUCCUGGGAGAUGUGCAGGAAGAGUUGAAGUCCUUUACCAAGGAAACUGGGGUACUGUCUGUGAUGAUCUGUGGGAUCUUAAUGAAGCAGAGGUGGUAUGCAGGCAGCUCAAAUGUGGACAGGCUGUUUCUGCCCCAGGAAAGGCUCAUUUUGGCCCAGGCUCAGGCGAAACUCUCUUGGACAACGUGCAGUGUUCAGGAGUUGAACGUUACCUUGGGCAAUGCUCCCACUCUGGCUGGUCUGAACACAAUUGUGGUCACCAUGAAGAUGCCAGUGUUAUCUGCUCAGGUAUACCCUCUUAUUCCUAGAAUAAAGUAGACACCAUACCUUCCAUAGGUUCACAACGAGUAAUUUUUUUGUCUUUAGAAGACUGGCCACAACUGCGACUGGUGGGUGGUUCAGGGCCAUGUGCAGGCCGAGUGGAAGUCUAUUAUCAAGAGGGCUGGGGCACAGUGUGUGACGACCUGUGGGAUCUAAAUGAGGCAGAAGUGGUAUGCAGGCAGCUGGGCUGUGGACAGGCUGUGUUAGCCCCUGGAGAAGCGCGCUUCGGCCCAGGCUCAGGAUACAUCCUCUUGGACAAUAUGCAGUGUGCUGGGACUGAAGACUACCUAGGCCAAUGCUCCCACUCUGGAUGGUCCAACCACAACUGUGGUCAUCAUGAAGAUGCUGGCGUCAUCUGUUCAGAUUCUCCAGAAGUUUCCAGAAAUUACACAGAAGAAAGUAAUUCUUGUGGUGGUGUCAUUUCAAGUCUUUCUGGCUCAUUUUCUAGUCCGCAGUAUCCUGAAAAUUACCCUACAGACAUACAAUGUGUCUGGGAGAUACACGUAGAUAGGAAAUUCCAUAUCGAGCUCAUGAUUCCAAAUCUGAAGUAA